AUGUUUGAACAAGGAAGCGACAUACCCUUUGGCCGAUCCCUGCCUCCCGUGGUGGAACGCAUCGCAAAGCAGACCGAAGACAACCCCACUCCCAUUUGCGUGCUGGUGGUUGGAAUGGCGGGCAGUGGCAAAACAACGUUAAUGUCUGCUCUGCAAGAAUCUACCUAUCCAUAUGAGGAUGAGGAAGAAGAACAAGGAGAGGGAGAACAAGAACAAGCACAGGAAGAGGAAGGAGGAGGAGGAGACAAAAAGCCAGCCGCAAAAGAACCAUCGUCAUCAGAUCCCAAUACCAUGCCGGCCUAUUGCAUAAACUUGGAUCCUGCCACUCUGGAAGUCCCGUAUAAUGCCUCCAUUGAUAUUCGUGAUACAGUAAAAUACAAGGAAGUCAUGUCCCAGCAUAAAUUGGGCCCCAAUGGCGCCAUUAUGACAUCCCUGAAUCUAUAUGCCACCAAAUUCGAUCAAGUCAUUCGAAUUCUCGAGAAUCGCGCCGACAAUCACAAUCUUUCCAAAUACUUGCUGGUGGAUACUCCUGGUCAAAUUGAAGCCUUUACUUGGAGUGCUUCCGGAACCAUUUUAAGUGAAUCGCUGGCGUCCACCUUUCCCACCGUCCUGGUCUUUGUGGUGGACACGGUCCGAUGUGCGAGUUCGCCCAAUACCUUUAUGAGCAAUAUGCUGUAUGCUUGCAGUAUGUAUUAUCGAACAAGAUUACCCUUGGUGAUUUGUUUCAACAAGACCGACGUGGUAUCCCAUGAAUUUUGCAUGGAAUGGAUGCGGGAUUACGAGGCCUUUCAAGAGGCUCUGGACAAUGCACGCAGCAAUGAAGGGGAAGGAGGUGGAUUUUACGAUUCCUUAACGAGGAGUCUGUCAUUGGUACUAGAUGAAUUCUACAACCAGUUCCAACAGAAUGCUUGCGGUGUAUCAGCCAUGACGGGGGAUGGGAUUGAAGAAUUUUGGAAGGUGAUUGAUCAAGCGGCCAAGAAUGAUUUUGCCGACUACAUUGAUGAUUUGAGGCACCGGAUCGAAGAACAAGAAGCCAAACAAAAGGCCAUGGCAAGAGCUGGUGUCAUGCAAUUUCAAAAGGAUACAGACGAGAGUAGCUAG